CUUAACCUCCCAUCUUUCUCCCCCCCCCUCCAUCCCUCUUCUCUAUCUAUCCCUUUUUGGUCUUCUGUUUCCCCUCCAACCAUCUGUUAUUGGUAUUAAUUUUUGGAUCGCGACCGACGCGAUCCGCCACUCCAAUCUACCCGUGUUCUGACCGCUUCGCCUGUGUGGACUCGCCUUCCCACAGGCCCGUCGGGGGGCGUACCAGUCGCUGAUCCUUUUGUUGUCUGGAUAUUACCGGCGCGUCAUCGAGCGUUGGUUGCCAGGGACUGCCACCACCACCACCACCACCAACAGCCACCGCAUUGGGUGCGUUGUUGUCAACCCGUCUCUUCCUUCUUGGACUGAGUUACUUCUACAUCAUCUUUUGGAUUUGAUCUUAAUCACCUCGCCAUGUUCUACUCCGAGACCUUGCUGUCCAAGACCGGGCCGCUGGCUCGCGUCUGGCUGUCGGCCAACCUCGAGCGCAAGCUCUCCAAGUCGCAUAUCCUGCAAUCGGAUAUCGAAGGCAGCGUCAGCGCUAUCGUCGAUCAGGGACAAGCACCCAUGGCGUUGCGACUGAGCGGCCAACUGCUUCUGGGUGUGGUUCGCAUCUACAGCCGCAAGGCGCGCUAUCUGCUGGAUGACUGCAACGAGGCGCUGAUGAAGAUCAAAAUGGCUUUUCGCCUUACGAACAACAAUGACUUGACGACCACGGUCGUUGCCCCAGGUGGCAUCACGCUGCCCGAUGUCUUGACUGAGUCAGACCUGUUUAUGAACCUGGACUCCUCGCUACUUUUGCCGCAAUCGCUUAACCUGGAACCGGAGGGCAAACGGCCCGGGUCCUCGAUGGAAUUCGGAACUCAACUUCUCCCGGACACCGGCCUGCGGCGCUCGGCCUCGCAGGAACCCGCGCGCCUCGAGGAUCACACCCUGGUCGACCUUGAUUUGGGAGAAGAUGAGACGCCCCUCGGCCAUGAUUUCAGUAUGGAAGUGGGUCGAGAUGCCCCUGCUCCCCGCCCCGUGGAGGAGGAUCUCUUUAGCGAUGGCGGCAAGUUCAACGACGUCGAUAACCUGCAACUUGACCUUGGCGAAGACGAUGCGCCCCUGGACAGGAUGGAUCUCGGCGACGACGGCCCACACGACAACCUUCUCCUGAAUGAUGACGCUAUGGAUCUUGGUGGUGACGACACAAUUGCCCCCGACGCUGAUGCCGAUGCCGGUGCCGAAGUCGACGCCGACGCCGAAGCCGACGACAGACUUGAGCGCGAAAGCGUUCUUACCGACAUGUCGGAGGAUCAGCUCAAGGGGCUUUAUGACUCCGAAGAGGAGGCCCAUCUGGAACAGGAAGACGAAGAGGCCGAGGAAGCCGAUACACUUGCCGCCCAACAGACCCAACGUACCAAGCGCCGCAAGGUGAUCACCAUGGAUCUUGACGACCAAGUUGACUAUACGCAAAAGGUCUUCAAAGACCAGCAUCUGGACCUCUCUGGGAUCCUGAGGCCCUCAUCAUGGCUUCCCCGGGAUCCUGUGCUGUUGACCCUUAUGAACAUGCAGAAAAACGGCGACUUUGUAUCCAGCGUGCUGGGAGGCGGUCGAGGACGUGGCUGGGCUCCGGAACUGCGUGAUUUGCUCUCAUUCGACACUGUCCGGAAGGCCGGUGAACUCAAGCGCAAGCGCGACAGUGGCAUUGCCGACAUGGACGUCGAAGAGGCCACCGCGCCCGCUCUGGAACUGGGCGAAGAAGAAACCAUUCUGCCGAUCGAUGAAGGGGUCGGACUUGACACUACCCUCCACCAGCGCUCGGAUAUCGAGUUUCCCGGCGAUGAGGAAGACCACGCCCUGCGCCUGAGCGAUGAUGAAGGCCAACCUUUGGAGGACAUGGACGAGACGGUUGUUCCCGACAGCGGCCCGGUCUCGAUCGGGACGAAGCACGCGGUCCACAUCCUCCGGGACUGCCUCGGAGAAUCCGCCGCGGAACAGAAGAAGAGCGUGAAGUUCCAGGAUCUGCUCCCGGAGAAGAAGGCGUCCAAGGCGGAUGCCACCAAGAUGUUCUUCGAGGUCCUCGUGCUGGCCACCAAGGACGCUGUCCAAGUUGAGCAGCGGGCGGAGACCGUGGGCGGCCCCCUCAAGAUCCGUGGCAAGCGUGCCCUCUGGGGCUCCUGGGCGGAGGAGGAGGCCGGCGACGAGGCCAACGACGAGGCUGCCCAGCAGGCGGUCGAGGCGGCGGUCUAGAUGGGAUGUUCAUGUAUAUUGCGUUCUCCUUUGCUUGUGUUUCAUUGCUGGGCCGGUCUGCCCCGGGAAUCUUGGGUCUGUAUGGUGGUGGGGGGGCGAUGGCUUUGUGUGAAUUCAUUGGAGUUCUGGGGUUCUUUUUUUUAUUUUCCAGGGAUUGAAAAGGCGGCUAUCAUGAUUCUGGAGAGUUGGGAUCCUUCUUCUACGGGUCUUCGGUUAUGUUUGGACGAUAGGUAGCUUUAGUGUAAUAGAUGU